GAGCUCGAAACGCCGGCCAUGGCCGAGGGCGCCGCGGGCAGGGAGGGUCCCGCGCCGCCCGACGCAGCCGGAUGUGAAGACGACCCCCGAGUGGGUCCGGACGCCGCCUCCGGAGAAGGCGUGGCUGGGGCCCCCGGGGGCCGGUGGAGGGACCGUCGCAGCGGGGUCGCGCUGCCGGGUGCCGCGGGGGCCCCGGCGGACAGCGAGGCGGGCCUCCUGGAGGCCGUGCGGGCGACCCCCCGGCGCAGCAGCAUCAUCAAGGAUCCUUCAAACCAAAAAUGUGGUGGAAGAAAGAAAACAGUAUCGUUCAGCAGUAUGCCAUCGGAAAAGAAAAUUAGCAGUGCGAGUGACUGCAUCAGCUUCAUGCAAGCUGGCUGUGAACUGAAGAAAGUCCGGCCAAAUUCUCGUAUUUAUAACCGUUUUUUCACUCUGGACACAGACCUCCAAGCUCUUCGCUGGGAACCUUCCAAGAAAGACCUUGAGAAAGCUAAGCUCGACAUUUCCGCUAUAAAAGAGAUCAGACUGGGGAAGAACACAGAAACAUUUAGAAACAAUGGCCUGGCUGACCAGAUUUGUGAGGACUGUGCCUUCUCCAUACUCCAUGGGGAAAACUACGAGUCUCUGGACCUAGUUGCCAAUUCAGCAGACGUAGCAAACAUCUGGGUGUCAGGUUUACGGUACCUGGUUUCUCGAAGUAAGCAACCCCUUGACUUUAUGGAGGACAACCAGAACACGCCAAGGUUUAUGUGGUUGAAAACAGUGUUUGAAGCGGCAGAUGUGGAUGGGAAUGGGAUUAUGUUGGAAGACACUUGUGUAGAGUUGAUAAAACAACUCAACCCUACCCUGAAGGAAUCCAAGAUCAGGUUAAAGUUUAAAGAAAUCCAGAAGAGCAAAGAAAAACUAACCACACGAGUGACAGAAGAGGAAUUUUGUGAAGCUUUUUGUGAACUUUGCACCAGGCCUGAAGUAUAUUUCUUACUGGUCCAGAUAUCUAAGAACAAAGAAUAUUUGGAUGCCAAUGAUCUCAUGCUCUUUUUAGAAGCUGAGCAAGGAGUCACCCAUAUUACUGAGGAUAUGUGCUUAGACAUUAUUCGGAGAUACGAACUUUCUGAAGAGGGUCGCCAAAAAGGGUUUCUUGCAAUUGAUGGCUUUACCCAGUAUCUGUUGUCGCCAGAAUGUGACAUUUUCGAUCCUGAGCAAAAAAAGGUUGCCCAGGAUAUGACGCAGCCAUUAUCUCACUACUACAUCAAUGCUUCCCACAACACCUAUCUCAUAGAAGACCAGUUCCGGGGGCCGGCUGAUAUUAAUGGGUACGUUAGAGCUUUGAAGAUGGGCUGUCGAAGCAUUGAACUCGAUGUUAGUGAUGGUUCAGACAAUGAACCAAUCCUCUGUAAUCGAAAUAAUGUGACAACACACCUUUCCUUUCGAAGUGUCAUAGAGGUGAUAAAUAAAUUUGCCUUCGUUGCUUCUGAAUACCCACUCAUCCUCUGCUUGGGAAAUCACUGCUCCCUACCACAGCAGAAGAUAAUGGUUCAACAGAUGAAAAAGGUCUUUGGCGAUAAGCUCUAUACUGAGGCACCUUUGCCAUCAGAAACCUACCUCCCAUCACCGGAAAAAUUGAAAAGAAUGAUUAUUGUGAAAGGAAAGAAAUUGCCUUCUGACCCAGAUAUUUUGGAAGGAGAAGUAACAGAUGAAGAUGAAGAAGCGGAAAUGUCGCGAAGGCUGUCGGUAGAUUAUAAUGGCGAGCAGAAACAAAUCCUGCUGUGUAGGGAACUCUCCGAUCUGGUGUCCAUCUGCAAGUCUGUUCAGUAUAGGGAUUUUGAACUGUCUAUGAAAAGCCAAAACUAUUGGGAAAUGUGUUCAUUUAGUGAAACAGAGGCCAGCCGAAUUGCAAAUGAGUACCCAGAGGAUUUUGUAAAUUACAAUAAGCGGUUCUUAUCGAGAAUCUAUCCAAGUGCCAUGAGGAUUGAUUCCAGUAACUUGAAUCCACAGGACUUUUGGAAUUGUGGCUGUCAGAUUGUGGCAAUGAAUUUUCAGACUCCAGGUCCAAUGAUGGACCUUCACACAGGCUGGUUUCUUCAAAAUGGAGGCUGUGGUUAUGUUCUAAGGCCAUCCAUCAUGCGGGAUGAAGUUUCUUACUUCAGUGCGAACACAAAGGGCAUCGUACCUGGGGUGUCUCCUCUCGCCCUUCAUAUUAAGAUCAUCAGUGGUCAGAAUUUUCCAAAGCCCAAGGGAGCUUGUGCCAAAGGAGAUGUCAUAGAUCCCUACGUUUGUAUAGAGAUACAUGGAAUUCCAGCAGACUGUUCAGAACAAAGAACUAAAACUGUCCAACAGAACAGUGAUAACCCCAUUUUUGAUGAAACUUUUGAGUUUCAAGUCAACCUACCUGAGCUGGCCAUGAUUCGUUUUGUUGUUCUGGAUGAUGACUACAUUGGGGAUGAGUUUAUAGGACAAUACACAAUACCAUUUGAAUGUUUGCAGCCUGGAUAUCGGCAUGUUCCCCUGCGCUCUUUUGUGGGUGACAUCAUGGAGCAUGUAACCCUUUUCGUCCACAUAGCAAUAACUAACCGAAGUGGAGGAGGAAAGGCGCAGAAGCGCAGCCUGUCGGUGAGAAUGGGGAAGAAAGUUCGAGAAUACACCAUGCUCAGGAAUAUUGGUCUUAAGACCAUAGACGACAUCUUUAAAAUAGCAGUUCACCCCUUACGAGAAGCCAUAGAUAUGAGAGAAAAUAUGCAGAAUGCCAUAGUGUCUAUUAAGGAACUGUGUGGACUUCCUCCAAUUGCCAGUCUGAAACAGUGCCUGUUGACCCUGUCCUCCCGGCUCAUCACCAGUGACAAUACUCCUUCAGUCUCUCUUGUGAUGAAAGACAACUUCCCUUAUCUGGAGCCUCUGGGGGCAAUUCCAGAUGUGCAGAAAAAAAUGUUGGCUGCUUAUGAUCUGAUGAUUCAAGAGAGCCGGUUUCUCAUAGAAAUGGCAGAUACAGUCCAGGAAAAGAUUGUGCAGUGUCAGAAAGCAGGGAUGGAAUUCCAUGAGGAACUUCAUAAUCUAGGGUCAAAAGAAGGCUUGAAAGGAAGAAAACUCAACAAGGCAACUGAGAGCUUUGCUUGGAACAUUACAGUAUUGAAGGGCCAAGGAGAUCUGUUGAAGAACGCCAAGAAUGAAGCUGUAGAAAACAUGAAGCAGAUCCAGCUGGCGUGCCUGUCCUGUGGACUUAGUAAAGCACCCAGCAGUGGUGCAGAAGCCAAGAGCAAACGCAGCCUGGAAGCCAUAGAGGAGAAGGAGAGCAGCGAGGAGAAUGGGAAGCUGUGACCAUGAGCAGUGCCGACACGCUCACCCAGCCUUCGCCCCGAGGACUCUGGUUUUUCUUUCUGGUUUUCUUUCUUUAAGCUUUUUAGAAGUUCACAAAAAGAUGCCCUCUGUGGGGUGUUGGACAUAGAUAUUUUCACAAUGUCAGUAUUUUAAUGUAGUUAAUUUAUCUAAGUUAAAACCUUUAGUAGCGGUGUUUAAAAUUCUGAGAUGUGUACCUACCCACGUAUGGAUGUGGAUGGGAGCGUGUGUGUAUGUGUGUG